AUGUUUGCAGCGCGCCGGCAAAACAAAUUCCCAGGCGCGGCGGCGGCACGGCAUCCCGACCUCAACUGCUGCCAGAUCCUCGCGCCGGCCGAGUGGUCGCAUUUUGAGCGCCACCAGCCCCUCGGCGAUCAGCCCGCCGCCCGACACACGCCGCCGCACGCCGACCGAGAGCACGAGGCGCAGUACGCGCAGCUCAAGUCGCGUUGGGCGGAGCGGAUGCUGGCCGCGCUACACAAGCACUACCCACAGACGGAGGGGCGCGUCGUCGCGGUCGAUAUCUCCACGCCCCUGACCAUCGAGAACUAUCUGCGCUCUGGCAAGGGCGCCGCGAUCGGGCUCGACGUGACGCCCGCGCGCUUCGUCGACGAGGACGAGGCAGCGCUGCCUGGGCGCGCUGUGGGCUGGCGCCAAUAA